AAAGCAAUCCAAAACCCAAAAAGAAAAAAAAAAAGAAAAAAAAGAAAAAAGAAAAACCACAUUAGCCCAAUUUACUUUUCAUUUUACUCAACAUCUGUUAUUUUAUCCAUUUCCCCCUGUUUCUUUCACUUAAUUCUUGUUGCUUAGUUCCUCUUGUCCUUUGGCGUUGGGUUUCCGAGGCUUUUGGCCCAGCGGGUGCUGGGUAUGUCACUAGGUACCUAACCCUGGACUCCUUUUCUGGGCCCACCCCCGGGCCCGCGCGGGUGCUCCGAGGUAACGACGGGGACGGACCCACUUCCAAAAAUGUUGAGAUGCGCUCAAGCAAGCAGUUCCUCAGCAGCUUCCCUUUCUUUUGUGUUUCGACCGGAAUUGCUUACCACCCCGAUUGAACCCACGGGUACGCACCGAAAUGGCGACCAAUUUGUCACUUAAGCUCACCAACCGAGCACCCAAGAAGCCGAUCCGGAAGCUGCCAGCAACGGUCGAGCUGCCGCACGAUGCCACCGUGGAGGACGCCAAGAUGGUGAUUGCUCGCCAGUCGGGCUUCACAGACUACAACCGCAUCGGCUUGUUUGACCCGGUGUCCAAGCAGAAUCUCAAAAACCGGAGGGCACUCGUCCGUGAGGAGGCUGGUGUUGCCUCUGCUGGCGAGCUGGUUGUCAAGGACCUCGGCCCCCAGGUCGCCUGGCGCACCGUCUUCGUCAUCGAGUACUUCGGCCCGAUCCUCUUCCACGCCCUCGUCCCCCUCGUCCGCCCGUACAUCUACCUCAUCCCGCCCUUUGCGUACAAGAGCGAGUCCGAGACGCCCAUGACGCAGGUGCAAUGGCUGCUGUUCGCCCUGUUCCACCUCCACUUCCUCAAGCGCGAGUUCGAGACCGUCUUCGUGCACAAGUUCUCGGCCAACACGAUGCCCGCCCGCAACAUCGUGCGCAACUCGGCCUUCUACUGGCUCAUGGCCGGCCUGCUCUGCGCGCUCGACCUAUACGCCCCCGGCAACCUGUCGGCCCGCGACGAGCUGGUGCCGCUCGACUACGUUGGCCUGGCCCUGUUCGCCGUCGGCGAGACGUGCAACUGGAUCGUGCACCAACACCUAGCGGGCCUACGCAAGCCCGGCGGCACCGAGAAGGGGAUCCCGAACUGCAUCGGCAGCAGCCUCGUGACGAGCCCGAACUACAUGUUCGAGGUCCUGGCGUGGGUGGGCGUGAUCCUGAUCAGCCGCAGCUGGGCCGUCGUGCUGUUCAUCUGCACGGGCAUCAUCUACAUGCGCAGCUGGUCGCGCGGCAAGGAGAAGGCGCUGCGCAACGAGUUUGGCGACCGCUACAAGAAGAAGCGGUACACCAUGCUCCCGGGGUUGAUCUGAGCUGGUGUUGGUGCUGCUGGUUGGUGACGGAUGGGGUGUGGGGUGUAUGAUGGAGGAUUGUACCGGAUAUAUAUAAAAGACCUGGCUGGAUGUCCACCGGGGUGGCUAUAGACUGGCAACCGGACCAAACUAAUCGAUUAUUUACCGUUAAAUAUACAUGGUUAUUACCA